AUAGAAGAGUCCACGCCUCCAGGACACAAUAGCCCUUCUGUGCGAAGCAAAGUGUAGAGUAAGGGGGCUGUUUUUUGGGGUUUUUUUUACCUGGCUACGACAAAGCUAACCCGCGUGCAGAGAGUCUGGAAGUAGAAGACGGUUGAGUUUUCUUGAGAUUUUCAUGGGUGGAGCCCUCACAGAGGAGAAUAUUUGUGGAUUUAUUUAAAGUGGAGUUUGGCAGGGGUCAGUCUCCAGAGUAUGGAGAAAUCCAGGGAUGAAUCCAAACCUUGUGAGCCGCUUGUGAGAUCUUUGGAGAGACUCCAGGAAGAGCUUCAGGCACCAACUAUGAACAACAUGAAAUGCAGACUGGAAAUGAUCGCCAAACAACAAGGGAUGGGUUUUCACUUUACUGAGUCCACCUGCUACCUGACAGCUGACUUUUUCUACCUGGAAGUGUUGCUGCUGCCGUCUGGUGAGGUGCAGGAGGUAAAGGUGGCUCUACAGGGAGAACACCCCGCUCCCAGCAGGUCCCUUUUGCAUCUUCUUAGGUCCAAUAACUUUUCUGAUUUUUCCAUGAGGCUGGGAGAACUGUUUGCUCAGUACAACAUUCCUGGAGACAAUAAAACAAAAUCAAAAAUGUUGAAAUCCCUACAAUGCCUCUGGAAAGACCUUCAGCAAAUAUCAGAUAUGCCAAAUGAACCAAAGUGCUUUGAAGCUCAAAUGGGCUUAAUAAACAAUGGCAGGGUUGGCUUUUUAAUGGCAGAAAAACAAGAUUAUCCUCCAUCUCUUUACUUCUAUAGCUCACCAAAUGAUUGCCUGAAGAACUCGGAGUUGUCAUUUGAGGAAUUGCAGGAGUUCAAACCAGCUGUCCAGGCAGCCCGAGCUACAAUCGGAGUCAGCGACUUGACUCGCAAGCUUCAGAUGACAUCUCUAAUCUCAGAGGCUCCUCAGCUGGACACUCAGGGUUGUCCUGCAGUCGCUGCUUUCAGUGAGGUUUCGAAUGAGAUGCUUCCCACAUGUUUCCUGCUCAGACUGAAGACACCAAUACCUGUGCUUUUUCAUAUUGUGGAGAGAGUUGGACAAAUCACAGGCGUGACUAUACCAGAUUGUGACCUCCAGUGGGCACCAUUACCCAAGCUUCUGAUGAAAGCUUCUGAAAGUGCAAAAAGCCCCUCAGAGCCAUUAGAUGGACAGGAGAUCUUUACAGUGGUUUUUCCCGAGGGUGGGAUGCACACUUAUGUUCUCCCUGAUUCUUCAUGGGAUGUUCCCACACAAAGAGCAGCUUUGCUGGCCAGCGUUCCUUUCACCCAGCCGGCUCACGUCUCAGCCGUGCUGGAGCUGCUGCGUCACCAGUGUGCCUUUAACACCCUGCUGAGGAGCUGCUUGACUCAGAGUGCCAGUCCAGCUUCAGUUUGUGACCUGCACUUUGAGGUCCGCCCAGAGUACACUACCAGCAUUUCUGUGACCUUCCGUCAACCCCACAUUGACCGUCUUGCUGUCUUGCUGGUCAACAUACCUAAUGCCCGUCAGAUCACCUGCCAGUUGUUUGGAGGAGGACUUUAUGAUUUAUCUACUGCCAUACUGGAUGAAUACAUCUCCAUAGUUCUGACUAGAUGUAUGUCCAUUCCUGUGGCCAUGAGGGCAUUAUACAUCAGGCUGGAGAAAACCACCAGCUGCCCCAUCACCGCAGUAGCUGAAAAUGACCGUCUGAGUCCUGUGAUGGACACCGAUGGCCAGUCGCCUGCAGCCUCCCAAAGCGCAGCCAUGCCAGAGCAUGACGGUGUUCCUGGUUCAGUUUGCGGUGCCGUAUCUGUCUCUAAAUCUGAGCUUCAUCCUGAAAUGAGCGCCAGCAUGCCUGACGACCUUCACCCAUUCGUUCCUGUGGCUCCAAUGGCAAACUGUCAGAGCUGAUCUCAGCAUAAGGAGGGCUUAGCAGCUGCCUGCGUCACAGAUUAUUGGACUUUAUUAAGAAACUGGCCACUGUGUAACAAUUUGAGAUGCUGAUGGUUGAAUCUGUCUCACUAUGCAUUCCAGUGUGGUAGGGAUGGCUGGCUGUAAAGGUUUUUGAGGUCUGGCAGUGGGCCUCGAAAGGGCAGGAAACCAGUUGCUUGUUACCAUGUGAGCCAGUAAGUCCUGGUUUAAAUGUCUCUAUAUUGGCUUGUGGAGACCAAACAGAUCUGACAUUUUUCAGCUUUGAAAAAAUGAAAACUUUGUUGAAUAAAGAAACAAUUUGGUUUGAAUAGAGAAAAGAAAGCUAGAAGAAAUUUCUUGAUUACAGUUGAGGACCAUCUUGCUUUUUCUGGACUCCUGCCAGGACUUGUACAAAUAUAGAAGAAAUGCCUGUAGCCUGUACAAUCGAAGAAGAAAUGUUUAUACGACUACAGAGGAGACAAUGUGAUUUUUACUGCAUUACAGGUCUUUGUAUACAAUUUUCUAAACCUACUGAAAUGGAGGAGGAUUUUUUAUUAGUUUUAUUUUUUUAACAUGUAUUUAGAAUAUUUGAUCCAACUGUUGACAGUAGACAACUGGCUUUGUCUGCAUGCAUAUCCAAAGACCUGUGUGACUGCUAUUCAUUGAAGUAGCCAAACAUGUGGGGUUAGAAAUGCUCUCCUUUCAGAGGAACCGUGUCCUUGAAAUAUUUUUGUUCUGGCUGGUUGAGAAAGUUCACAAAAGGAGCACAUGAUGAUGCUGGAUUUUAAAUAACUGUCCAAGCUUUUGUAAACCUGAGAAAGAAAUGUAGCCAUUUACACAGAAUAGCAGAAAGUGUGUUUUGUAGGGGUCUUGGUGAAGCUUUCAAGUAUAAGUAAACUGUACACACUCACACACGCACAGUCAGCUGGUGGUGGCAGCAUCAUAAUGUUGGGCUGUUUUACAGCGUUGCAAAUCUGUACUUCAAAUUGCCAUGUAGAAUAUUGAAAUAAAGAUACAGGCCAAUGUUCUAGUAAAACAAUAAUAUGAGGACAGCAGGAGGGAAUUUAAAAUAUAUUUUCACUAUAUAAUGUAUUACAACUAAAAGUUAGAAUAUUAUAUCAAAUAUUGAGCUUGAAAGUUUGACCAGUGUAAAGGAUAUGCUUUCUUACCUCUACUAAUAAAAACUGAAAUUAC